UUUAUGUUUAUCCCCACUAUAUUUUAUACAAUGGCGAGGGCCUCUUCCCCUUCGCUUUCCGCAUACAAGUUUACAAAACCUCUGCAAACCCUAACCCCUUCGCAGAAAUCGAAACCGGAUCAAAUCUCGACUCGACGACGCCGGCGACGAUAAUUCUCCGCCGCCGGACGCUAUCCUGGCAAAUAACUUCUCAUGGAGACCGGAAAAUCCUCAGAUCUGCAGGAAUACGUGAUCCGCACGGUUGUGCGCUCUGGUCUCAAGCGGGAGUUCGUCUUCGCCCUCAAAUCGCAAGCCGAAUUCUCUAACACUCAUGGUCGGACACGUUCAUCCAAGGCUCACGUGGCAACACCGGCCGCACUGCCAUAUUGCGGACGUAAAUCACCCAAACUGUCCGAUGACCGGGAGAAGCAGCUGGUAGUUUUGCAUGCUCCAGCUAUUGGAUCGGUUAUUCUUGCCCUACCGGCGCCUAUGAAUAUUGACUGUUCUUUAUCGGGAGGAGUUGCGGUUGAUAUCUCAGCUGCUGAUGCACGAAAAAAAGGAUAUCCCGAGAGUGCCUUGGAUGUUUCAAUUUCGGUUCACAGCAUAGAAGAAUCGGAGAAGGAUGGAAUCAGGUCGAAGGCUCCAAUUCUUACCGAUGGCAUCGGGGAAUUGAAGAAGGAUAAAUUGGCAAUGGAGAAGUCAGGUACAGAUCAUAGAAAGAAUUUGCAAGAAGCUAGACUCGAAAACUCGGCAGCAUCAGCUCUAUCGCAACCACUUCCGCUAGAAUCAAUAGCAGUUGCCCCGGGCGUGAGCAAGAGUCCACCGGAGAAUGGAUCAAUAUUUGACCAAUCAGAGGUUUUAGAUUGCCUCAGUGGAUCCAAGGUUAGCAGCAGAUUAGCAGAGAAGCCAAUCAGAAGGUUCACUCGGUCAACCGCGAAGCUUAUCCCUGCUGCUACUGCUCCACCUAAAACUAAGCAGGAAGAGAUGUCAUGCGAAGUAAAAUUAAUAAGGAGAUUCACUAGGUCAACGUCAAAGCGAAAUUUGCCUGCUGCUGUAAGUUUUUUUUCAAUUGAGCAAGAGAACCAAGGGAAAGUAACGCCCGUAGCUGAAAUUCCUGUGACAGUUCAGCAGGAGAGUUUGGUGGAAAUCCCGAUAACCAACUCCGAUGGACUAAAUUUUGAGUACGACAAGCUGGAUGAGUCCAUCAAAGCCGAACAUGAGGGUUCUGUAUCAGUAACUGUAAUUUCAGACGUGGAUGAUGAUAAUGAGAUGUAUAGUGUUGCUCCAUUGGAGAAACCUACAAUGACACCAACAAGGAGGUUUAUAAGAUCUUUACUGACGGCUGCCAUUGAAGAAACUGCAGUUGCAGAUGGUUAUACACCUACUAAUGUCCGUUCUGUUGAAUCAGAGGAUUCGAAAGGAGAUGAUGAUGCUCUCAAUGAGAGCCCAAGCUCAACGUCCAAGAAGAAGAUGGCAUUGAAGAUGUCAAAGAAGAUAACAUUGACGAAGUUCCCUUCUAAUGUAAGAGAACUGCUAGGUACUGGAUUACUCGAGGGAUUGCCUGUAAAGUACACUGCAUGCCCUGGUAAGAGUGUCGGGCUUCAGGGUAUAAUAAGAGGAAAUGGAGUAGUGUGCUCGUGUACCUCAUGCCAGGGAAAACGAGUUGUUUCAGUAUAUCUAUUUGAGAUUCAUGCCGGUAGCACCAAAAAUCAUCCUUCAGACUUCAUCUUCUUGCAAAAUGGCAAAAACCUUCGUGAAGUGUUGAAAUCAUGCACUGGUGCUUCUAUGGACAUGUUGGAAGCUGAAAUUCAGAAAGCCAUUGGUCCCUUGCCUCCUAGGAGACCUAAUUUCUGUCGAAAGUGCCAAGGGAUUGGUAAUUUUGAUUUAUUAUGUGAUUCAUGUCUUGAACCAAAUCAUCAACAAGCAAUUCCAACCCCAUCGCAUGGGACGGCUAGCUCUGCCAAUUUACCUAGGAGAGUUUUGGUACCAUUUCCAUCUGAUGGCACACCUAAGAGCUUAUCUUCCCAGAAAAAACCUAGCUACGGAAAACCAACCAAAAAGGACGCGGGACUGCACAAGCUGGCCUAUAUGGAUGACAUUUUACCCCAGGGUACCGAAGUGGGAUACUAUAUUCGUGGAAAGAGGUUGCUUGAGGGUCAUAUAAAAAAUUCAGGAAUAUUCUGCAGUUGUUGCAACAGUGUAGUUAGUCCUUCACAGUUUGAAGCUCAUGCUGGCCAAGCAUCGCGUCACAAGCCCUACUAUAAUAUCUAUACUUCCAAUGGAGUGUCACUUCAUGAGCUGUCAAUUUCCCUGUCUAAAGGCCGUAAAUUGUCAGCUACGGAAAAUGAUGACCUCUGCAGCAUUUGCGCAGAUGGGGGGGAUCUUCUACUUUGUGAUCUCUGUCCUAGGGCUUUCCAUAAAGAAUGCAUAGGGUUGUCAAGCAUUCCUAUUGGAGAUUGGUUCUGCCAGUAUUGCCAAAAUUUACAGCAAAAAGACAAGUGUUUGGCAAAGAAUGACAAUACCAUUGCUGCAGGACGGGUUGCCGGAGUUGAUCCUGUAGAGCAGAUAAUUAAGAGAAGCAUCUGUAUUGCCCCUACAACAGAAAAUGAUGCUGGCGUAUGCGCAUUGUGCAGACAGCAUGAUUUUAGUAGAUUUGGAUUUGAUCGGCGUACUGUUAUUAUUUGCGACCAGUGUGAGAUUGAGUAUCACGUUGGCUGUCUGAAGGAUCAUGGCAUGGCUGAUCUCCAGGUAUUACCUAAAGGGGAGUGGUUCUGUCGCCCAGAUUGCAGUAGGAUUCAUGCUGUUUUACACGAUCUGCUUCGACAAGGAGCAGAGGUCCUUGAUGCAAACAUAAUUAAAAAAAAGCUUGAUGAAAAGGGUUUAAACAUUGAUGCUGCUGCUGAUGUAAGAUGGAGACUUCUUGGUGACAAAAGUGAUUCUACUGAUAGUAAAGUAUUACUAUCUCAAGCAAUUUCUUUAUUCCGUUCUUAUCAUUUAUUCACCAUAUUUCUUCCCUUUUUUUUCUCUUUUCCAGUCAAACAGACUGAUUUUUUUUUGCAGGGUUACUUCCAAUCUCUUUUCUCAUGCAUUGAGAGUUUGCUGAAAUCCUUAGAAGUCAAGCACUUUGUGCUUCCUGCAGCUGAUGAUGCUGAAUCAAUGUGGACAAAAAAGUUCGGUUUUGCUAAAUUAACACCAGCCCAGUUGAGAGAAUAUGCAAAAGGAGCACGGCCUAUUAUCUUUCAGGGAACAUCAAUACUUCACAAGCUCUUAAUAAGCCAUCAAGAACUUCCUUUGUCAGCUGAUAGUGGACCGAUAAAAAUGGAUUUAAUGUUCGAUGUGAAUGAUAGUUACUUCAUUACCUAUAAAUUUGGUGGAUAUUGGAUUGAAGUUAAGAGCCAAAAUAGAAGAAAGUAUGAAGGUGGGAAUCAAAAGACUGUGAAGCUUGAGAAAGAUAAAAUUAAUUAUUUUGUACUUAGAGAAGAGGCUGAAAUGAUUUGUCCAUUGCUAAGAGGCCAUGACUUUGAAUUGCACUAUCAUGUCUGCAACACUUCACCCAAAAUCUACAAGCCUAUUAUAGAUGAUGUUGAUGUUUUGAAAAUGAUCGAACAUUCUAAUGAUGGAAGUAAAGCUGAGGUGGUGAUUAUAGUACCAGAUGGUAAUGAAGAUGUUAUGUAUUCACAUAAUAGAGAGCUUGAGGAUGGUAGUCAGUCUUUGGAGUUGUCCCAUUCAACUUUAGAUGGUGAAGUUAACAGUAAUACUGCGCUUGAUACUAUUGAUGAUGAAUACUUCAUAUGCGAUAGUGAAGACAGUGAACCUUUAUCGGUCGGCUCACUUUUUCAGGAUUCCUUUACUUUCAAGGAAGCCCUUCGCACUGAAGCAAUUUUGAAUAAUUUUGCACUGAAAAUUAAAUCAAGUGACAAAACUAGAGUUAUAGCUAUUUGUGCACAUCAUGGAUGUCCAUGGAGGGUACGUGCAUCAGUGUGUUCAGAUGGACGUACCUUUGAAGUGAAAAAGUUAUGUGACAGACAUUUAUGCCCAAGGGUUGAUAGAACAGCAAAUAAACAUGCUACAAUUAAUUGGAUAGCUCAUCAAAUACAAGAUAUGGUAAAGAAGGAUCCAAACAUCACACCAAAGCUCAUCAAUAAUUGCUUAAAAAGUAGUUUUGGAUUAUCCUUACCAUAUAUGAAACUGUGGCGGUCAAGAAAGCAAGCAAGGGACAUCAUAUUCGGCUCAAUAGAUGAUCCUUAUAGGUCAGUUCCAACUUGUUUAAGGCCCGGAAGUAUGCCGCGAAAGAGAAAAAUUAAAAGCUCUCCUGAGAGCACAAAGAAGAGAGCUAAAAUUGCUCAUAAAUGUAGUCACUGCGGUAACUGUGGCCACCACAAGAACACUUGCAAGAACUCUCCACAUCCACAAAUGUCCGGCGUCGAACAAGCAUCAUAGUUUUGGAGCAAUGUAUGUGUUCAAUUCUGAAAUUUUGUACCUUGGCAGCGUGGAAGUUGCAGUAGCUUUUUAACUCGCUAUUUGGAGGUUUAAAUUUCAUUUUGGCCAUGAAAAUCCUGAUUUCAUUUCGUUUCAAGCAUAUUAUCAAAAGCAGAUGAUAUUCAGUUUUUUUGAUGGGCUGGCUAUUCGUAGCCUUCUGUGAUGGUCACAAUUGGGCUAUCUAGUUUUUAUAUACAUGUAUAUAUAUACAUAUUCUUGUAAUCUGUUGCAGAAAAUUUAACCUGAUUCCAUCCAAAGGUAAGCACUCAACGGAAACCUCCUCUGGUAACUAUCCUAACCGAAACCUUUCUAAUUUCUCUGCCCGAGACUCCAGUAAUGGAAUUAUCGCUUGUGGUAUUUCAUUACUAUUAAAAAUACCCAGCAGUUUAUAUUGUAGGUAUGUCACUUUUCUGUGAUUUAUUUAAACAGAACCAAAGUUUGCUAAAAACCUUUAACAAUCUGGUGCUACUUGUAAAAAUUACUGAAUCUUUUUCUGUUUACAUUUAUUGCUAUCUGUAGCCUGCU